AUGUGCCCAGCCCAUUUUCCAAAAUUUCCCCAAAAGAUUCCACCAGCGUCCAAGCCUCCAAGGCCGCUGUCCCACCAUUGUCAAACGUCGGAUUUUGAUUUUGAGAGGAGUGAAAGAUCGACAAAGAUGGCAAGAGAAAAGAUGAGCCCUGGAUUGAAGAUCCUCUGGUUCUGGACCAUUGGCACCGCCGCUGUUUUGAUUACAAGCGUGGUGAGGACGGGGUUAAGAGAGAUGGAGCAAUCCUUGAAUGUCGAACAGCAGCAGCAACAACAACGAACUGCUCUCAAUGACUCGAUUGUUGUGGACGCUCAACCUGAAUCGGAUGAAGGAACUGUUAAAGAAGUGAAAUAAUAUUAUUAUGUAUUUGGAUGAUUGCCCUUCGUUCGCUCGUACCUAACUUAAGCUUUCUUCCAUUGUUUUAAUUUAUGAAAUUUUUUGAGAUUCGAGUGUUUCGCUUUGUGAAUUUGGUCCAAUUAUGUUGUAUGCCUGUCAUGUGUUUGUUGAAAUGCCUAAGAGAAGACAGGCCUUAAUAA